GUGAAGUGCCCUUGCAUUGCUGUUUAUCAGAGACUCCUCAUUUUUUUCCUUUCAAAAAGAUUAACAGGUAUUUUUUUCCUGCGGAAUGUUCAGAUACCUCCGCAGGAGAUUCACUCGAAACCUAACAGAGCAUAAUCGUCAGACAGCUCGUCUCGUCUCCAAGGAUGGGAGGUGUAACAUCGAAUUCGGCAACAUCAAAGAGCAUUCAAGGAUUGGCUUCCUUGUGGAUAUUUGGACAACUGUCCUUGACCUCAAAUGGAGAUAUCAGAUGACUAUCUUUAUUUCAGCUUUCCUCGGAAGUUGGUUUCUCUUUGGAUUGUUGUGGUACGCAGUUGCUUAUAUGCACAAGGACCUUCCUGAAUUUUCACCCACUGACACCCAUCUGCCUUGUGUUCAAAACCUCAAUGGGCUGACAUCGGCUUUUCUCUUCUCACUGGAGACUCAGGUCACGAUAGGUUAUGGGUUCAGAUGUGUGACCGAACAGUGUGGAGAAGCCAUCUUCCUCCUGGUGACUCAGUCUAUCCUUGGUGUCAUUAUUAAUUCCUUCAUGUGCGGUGCCAUCCUGGCCAAGAUCUCUCGACCAAAGAAACGUGCCAAAACCAUAACCUUCAGCAAAACUGCUGUCAUCAGCAAACGCGGGGGCAAACUGUGUCUCCUGAUCCGAGUAGCCAACCUCAGGAAAAGCCUUCUGAUUAGCAGCCACAUUUAUGGAAAACUUUUGAAAACCACUGUGACCCUGGAGGGUGAGACCAUUAUCAUGGAUCAAGUCAACAUUGACUUUAUUGUUGAUGCCGGAAAUGAGAAUUUAUUCUUCAUAUCCCCUCUCACUAUCUAUCACAUCAUUGACAAGACCAGCCCCUUCUAUGAAAUGUCAGCUGAGACCAUCAAGCAGCAAGACUUUGAGUUGGUGGUCUUCCUGGAUGGCACCAUAGAGGCCACCAGUGCCACCUGCCAGGUGAGAACCUCUUACAUCCCAGAUGAGGUCUUCUGGGGCUAUAGGUUUGCACCUAUUGUCUCCAAAUCGAAAGAAGGGAAAUACAGAGUUGAUUUCUCCAACUUUGGUAAGACUGUUCAGGUGGAUACUCCACACUGUGCCCACUGCCUGCAGGCAGAGAGGGAGGCCAAACGCAAUGAGAAGAAAGCAUACGACAACCCUGUAUUCCAACUCAAUGAAGUCAAUGAAACCAAAAUGUAAACAUUGAUGUCAUAUCUCUGAUGAUGUGCAUGGGGCACUUAAAUCUCCAAGCUCCUAUUAAAAGGAAAUAUGUCAUUUUUAUGGUGGACACUCACUCAUAACAGGAGGAAGCUUUAGACAGCACCAAGCCAGGAUUGGGGUGGGACAGACAGUCUCAGUCCAGGAGU